GUGACCAAUUCCAAAGUGGACUUCUCUAAUAUCUCCCAAAGGGCCACUAAGAAAGGAUCAUCGGUGAAGAGAUUAGCCAUAAAAAGGGAAUUUCGUUCGCUUAUCCUUGGAGGUGUGACCUGAGAUCACGACACAAUCUCUCGAAGCCCUUUUUUGAGUCAUCAUCAUUCAUCACACCAUGUGGAGAAGAAUCGUCGCCUCCCAUCUCAAAACCCUAGCCGCCGAUGUCUCCGCUGCUUCGUCUCGUCGAUCUAUAGCCGCCACCGCGAGACCCGUCGGCUUCCACGUCGCUGCCGAUCGAUCGGCCAUUUCCGCUUCUUCUUUCGUUAUCCCUCGCCAUUUCAGCUCCGAAUCAGUAGAGACGGUUUCGAAGAAGAAGGUGGAGGAUGUAAUGCCCAUUGCAACUGGACAUGAGAAGGAAGAGCUUGAAGCUGAAUUGGAGGGGAAGAGGCUGCUUGACAUUGAUUUCCCUGAAGGUCCUUUUGGAACAAAGGAAGCUCCUGCUAUUGUGAAGUCCUACUACGACAAGCGAAUUAUAGGAUGCCCUGGUGGUGAAGGCGAGGAUGAACACGAUGUUGUGUGGUUCUGGCUCGAGAAAGGAAAGCAUUUUGAAUGCCCGGUUUGCACUCAGUACUUUGAGCUGGAAGUGGUUGGUCCUGGUGGGCCUCCCGAUGGUCACGGUGAUGAAGACGAGCACCACCAUUGAUUCCGGCCUCUCCCUUGCCGCGAGUUUUCCUAUUUUAUUUUCACGCUCUUGAAAUCUUUUUAGAAAUCUUUUAUGGUUGGAGAAUAAAAGAAAAAAAAUAUAUGCCGCUGGUGAAACACAGUUGAAAAUAAUUUUGAUCCUUUUAGAACAAGACUCGGCGGGUAUUGGAGUUUCCAAGUGCCAAAACUCUCAUCACCGUUGUUUUCUUUUUUUUUGUUUUUUGGUAUUUUUUUUUAUUUAACAACUCUUGAAUCCGAAUUAUUCUUGCCUUUUUGUUUAUUAUUAUAUAUUCACCUUUUGUCUUCAUGCGUCGAUGAUGUCUUUUCACAUUCGACGUUUUGAUCGUGUCCUUGAUUCCUUGUGGACGGCUAUAUUAUAAUUCUAUAGAUUAAUUGAAAAAAUUGAUUUUAUUCUAACC